AUGUCGCCCUUGAGCAGACCCAGGAUCUUAGUCCUAGAUAUCGGGCUUUCCAGAGACACUCCAGACUCAUGUUCUGGGGAGAUACUCGAAUUCACUCCAGACGGAGCCAAUCAACGAGUUCUGGUACACAAGCAAGCGCUACCGGACGGCUUGGUAGUGGAUGUUGUCCGUCAGCGCAUGUAUUGGACGUGCAUGGGGCUACCGGGAAAUCCUGACGGCGCCCUUUACUCCGCCAACAUAGAUGGAGCAGACAUCCAGACGGUCGUUGCGCCGGGCGUGGUGAACACCCCUAAACAGUUGACCCUUGAUACAGAGUCGGCGAAGCUCUACUUCUGUGAUCGGGAAGGGCUGUGCGUAUACCGCUGCAACGUCGAUGGUUCCGACCUCGAGGCGCUGAUCGCAACUGGCGAACCCGGCAGUCCACCAGAUGGCAUGACCUUCUGUGUUGGCAUCGCCGUAGCACCCAAAUUGGGCAAGUUCUACUGGACGCAAAAAGGGCCAUCCAAGGGUAAUCGAGGGCGUAUUUUCUGCGCGAACAUUUCCACGCCGACAGGACAGUCAGCGGCGUCGCGGAGCGAUAUCCGAUGCAUCCUCAAUGAUCUACCCGAGCCAAUUGAUCUCGAGAUCGAUGAGGCCUCGAGCACUUUGUACUGGACAGAUCGGGGUGAGCUCCCCUGGGGCAACUCGUUGAGCCGCGUCCGGCUAGAUGAAUCUGGUCUACCGCUGCCGACGACGGCUUCUCCCCAAAAGUAUGAAGUCCUCGCGCGACAUUUCAGUGAAGCCAUCGGCCUCAAGCUGGAUUCCGAGCGUGGCGAAAUCUAUGUAGCAGACCUGGGCGGAUCUAUUUAUCGCUGUGAUAUGGAUGGGAAACAGAAGUUGAAGAUAUACUCUGAGGACUCUCGAGCUUUCACGGGGAUCGCUCUGCUUUGA